AUGCCACUGUUGAUGUCGCUUUGCCGUAAGGGUGCUGCACUUUUUUGGAUUAUCGCUCUACUGACACAGAACAGACCUUCAGUUGUAGCCAUCGAUAAGCAACGCAAUCCCUUUUUUACACCCCGCAAGGCAGCAACUGCAGGAGGAACGAGCAAAGUUACGCAGCUUCGCACUGUCAUGGCUUACGAAAUGGAGGGAGAAUUUAUCACCUGCGGAAUUGACGACUUUAUGUCACAUUAUUUCGCUUUUGUGCCCGACACAAACAAUGUUACGAGAUGCAUACAGAGGCAUCUGAUUCCAUCGGGCGUCGCCUACAUAGACAAAUCUAAGCUUGUACUCUCAGAGUUCCCCGACACCCCUACUAUUGACAAGGCCGUCCCAGGCAAGAAAAACGAAAUGGAAGUUUUUGCACCGCUGGUCAAUAUUGCCAACAACAUUGGCAAGUAUGUGUACCAGCACCAGCCUGGCCUCGCAGGGCCGACCCCCAUACGCAAUAAGUUCAAGUACCGAAACGUCCCAUACUCGUCCAUCAGCUCUGACAUACUUGGAUCGAACCACAAAGUGGACGCGUGUUUCACAUCCGAUCACGAUAAUUUCUUGAGUACCUGGGGAACAGCUGUAUCUAUUGAACAAAAGGUCAAGGUCAACAAUGAACAACGACUCGAUAAUAUGGAAAAGGUGCUUUCCGCCAAUGUUCAGGUCAUGAAUGACGAUGUCCGGCGCAUGUUUACAUACGGAGAUCCUGAAAGACUCAUCAAAAUCUUUAUGUUUUUCCUCUUCGCAACUGAGGAGCAGCUUGGAUACGAUCCAUUGGUGGAACGCCAAGUCGAUGGCCAAUACAUCUUUCGAAUUCGCCAUUCCAACCCAAACUCUAACGAUGCAGAUGAUUCUCGAUUCUAUCGUACUGUGAAGGUGCUCUCCGGCUACCGGUCCAACAAUAUCACUGGUCGAAUGCCUCGAGUAUGGACCGUUGAACGUUAUAAUCCAACUACUGGAAAAGCAAUGCCGGGCAGCCUGCAGGUCCUGAAGGAUGUCUGGAUCGACCAUAAUGCUCAAACGGAACGGCAAAUUCAAGAGGCGAUCUUUGAAGCGAUCAACAAAUUUGGCGACCAGGAGGCACCUGAGCAUCCUGACCUCAAAAUCAUUUGGGCACAGCGAAGGGAACUUAUUCAAUCCCGAGACUAUCAACGACUUUUCCUCACUAUCGAAGAUGACUAUGACGGUAGACAGUCAAAAGUAAUCGCCCCAGGGUCGCGCCGCAUAUGGGGUCUUUUCGACCCCGUUAGGACCUUUUACCAAUCGCCAGGAACAAAUUCUAGGCAUGAUACGGGGCACAUUCGCCCGAUUCAUACAUACAAAAAGACCAAUAUAGAGCGACAUUACGUGCCCAAGAAGCAGUAUCGAGUUGUAUUCAAGGAGAUUUGUCUGCCCAUAGGAUCAUUGCCAACGCUUGGCGAUGCGAUGGAUGUACUUCAGGACAUUCAUAUCGCGCUGCAACUAAUGUACUGUGCUGGUUGGGUUCACCGAGAUAUCAGCGACGGCAAUAUUCUAGCCUGCAAAAAACAAGGAUCUCAAUCGCAAUCUUCCACGAUUUGGCAGGCCAAGCUCAUGGACCUUGAAUAUGCGAGGCCGUUCCAGCGUCCUGACGAAGCUGCUGCUGAUCCGAAAACUGGCACGCCCUUUUUCAUGCCUAUCGAGAUUCUCAAGCAAGAAUACUUUUAUAGGAAAGGACUAGAGCAACCCGAAGAUGAUGUUGAUUAUAUUGCCUCCAGAGGCAGACGCCGUGCUGUAAAAGCUGCAAAAAAUGACAUUGUCACUCAUAACUUCCAACACGAUUUAGAGUCGGUGUGGUGGCUCAUUCUCUAUCUCAUAGUCUCUCGCGUCUUUAUUCAACCCCUCGAAUACUGGGAAGGUCGCAUUCUUGACGAAGGAAAAGCCGAGCGGUGGAUAUCCAGCGUCUUUCAAAAUCUGCUCCUUUUGUCGCAAGAGCGAAAGAGAUGCUUCGAUCUUGAUGGCACCAUCGAACAACAAAUCAUGGGCUUCACGCCCAAUCAUCUGGAAGGUCUGGUCGAAAGUCUAGAACUGAGCCAAACAGCUUUAAUGUCUUUUUAUCUUAACCGCGAGCGGAAGGAACAAAUAUACGAUCACGCCUCGUACGCCAGAGCUCAUAUCAACUUUGGUGAAUUUCUUGAAUCCGUUCAAACUCUGGAGCCUAAGACAUGGCGCCAAUAUGUACUCCCUCUCUCUGACCCUAUCAUAUCCACUCAAACCGACACCCCAGCCGACGCAGCUCCGGAAACCUCGGCUCCACAGCCCUCGACACAUGCGACAAUUCCUCCGAGGGAGUAUUUGUUCCGCCCCUCUAAAGUUAAGGCUAAACGAGGAUCUGAAGAAAAUCCCAACCGUGGUGCAGGAGGAUCCAAUAAAGGUGCUAAGAGAUCUCGCAAUGGUGUCUGA